AUGUCGACCCUUUCCGCCUUGCGCACCUGGGAGGCCGAGAACAACAUCAUCACCAUCGAUCCCUCUCAAAAUGCUCUAUACAGCCUACCAGACCCGGACGCCGACAGGGCUCUUCGGAAUUCGGCACCGUGGAAGAAAGACCUCAAUUACUUCACCCAGGUCCGUAUAUCGGCUCUUGCCCUUCUCAAAAUGACCAUCCAUGCUCGUUCUGGUGGUAGCCUCGAGAUCAUGGGUCUGAUGAUUGGUUACAUCUCUGGCCGCUCUCUCGUUGUCACCGAUGCAUACAGACUCCCAGUCGAAGGAACGGAGACCAGAGUCAAUGCACACAGCGAGGCCGACGAAUACAUGGUGAAUUUCGGCAUCGCUUCUCGCGAAGGAGGAGGCCAGCUUGAAAAUGCAGUGGGAUGGUAUCAUUCACACCCAGGAUAUGGAUGCUGGCUUUCCGGUAUCGACGUCGACACGCAAAUGACACAUCAAAUGGUGAACGAUCCAUUUGUGGCUGUGGUCAUCGAUCCAGAUCGGACGGUCAGUGCCGGCAAGGUGGAAAUCGGUGCUUUCAGAACCUACCCGGAAAACCAACGACCAAAAGACAAACAAUUCACCGAUGACAGUGACGAAUUCCAGGCCAUUCCCACAGGCAAGAUUGAAGAUUUUGGAGCCCACGCCAAUUCAUACUACGCGUUGGAAGUCACCCACUACAAGUCGACUUUGGAUACUCAUCUUCUCGGCCUUCUGUGGAACAAAUAUUGGGUGUCGACCCUCUCGCAGUCCCCUUUAUUCACCAACCGUGACUAUGCCAACAAGCAAAUCGCCGAUCACGCAUUGAAGAUCCGAGACGCAGCCAAGAAACAGCGAAGCAGCGCAAGCAUGGGAAGACGAGUCCAAGAGCUAGCAGGGACCGGAGAAAAGAAUCUCAAAGUGGUCCGCGAUGGCUCUUUGGAACAGAUCGUCAGAGCAGGGAAUAAGAUCUCAUCGGAGGAAGUGACGGGUCUGUUGGCGAGUGAAGUCAAGAGGAGGUUAUUCUGGGGUGUGGUACAGGAGGCGCGAGUCAAAGCUGCUGGUCAACAAGCCACUAACGAUGCAGGGAUGUUGACGGCUGCCAGGAACGGUGGUUGA